AUGGUAGGGAGGGGGAUACUGCUCCGGGCGACCGUUGCGGCGGCCGCGGUUGGGGCCAUUGCGGUGGCGAGUAGGCGGUGUGGGCUGGACAAGGAGGCGGCGCUGGGGGUCCUGCGCCGGAUUUCGGAGAGAUUGGGCCCCUGGGCUAUCCCCGCGUACGUAGCGGCGCACACGGUUACUCUGGCCCUGUGCUUGCCCUACGCCGUAUUCUUUGAGGCCGGGGCGCCGGUGCUGUUCGGUUUCCUGCCCGCCGUCGUCUGCGUCUUCUCCGCCAAGGUCCUCGGCGCCUCCCUCUCCUUCUCGAUCGGCAGGUUCGCUGCUCCACCCCUUCCCACUCCUUGUCGAUCGGGAUUCUGCGCAACCCGUGGCAGAUAGAUCAACCGAGCUUUUGGCUUCUCAUUCUAAAGAUUGGUGUACACGGCUAUUAAAACGGAGAAUCCUGGCUUUCGUCACUGCCUCUCAUGCAUUGUCAGAACUCGGGUUUUUGAGCAUUUGGUUGUCAUGAAGGCCUGAUCGAUAGAUUUGUUGUUCUUCUAAUAGCUUGAAACGGAGGAUUUGAAUUUUUUUCUGGCUUUCUUUCGAUCAAUUGACAUUUGAAAAAAAACUUAUACCAGUUCCGUGCACACAGUGUAUGAGGGGAAAGGAUUUGCUAGCAUCUUUCAGAGAAGAACGAACAUUUCCUCUCGUUUGGACGGAGAGAAAACUAUGGAUCUAAUCAAACGAGGAACAUGAUGAGGAUCUCACCUGGGAGGAAGUCGAGGAAGAACCGGUAGCAGCCCCCAAAGCUUACCAUCUCUAAACCCUUAAUCUAAUUGAAGAACUAUUAACUUUCCCGAGAUUCAGGAGAAACAAAAGGGCGGGUGAACACCCCUUGCACGGGGGAGAUCCUCAAACUAGGGAGGGACCAUAUGAACCGAAAAGUAGCUGUGCAACAGGGAGCAUUUUUUUCUACCUAUGCGUAUGUUGUUUCUGAUGCGGCCAACUCCACGGAGCAUGCAUAUUUACAUUUGAUUGCAACCCAACAAACGACUUCUGCAACACUAGCCCAGUUUAGUUUAGUACAGUAUGGUUUGGUGAAUUGGGUUUUGCUGCUCGUUCUAAUCAAAUUCUGAUGAUCCUCUGUGGUGUUCAGGGUGAUCUUCAGGAACUCUAAAUCGGCAAUGGAGUGGGUUCGCAGGAACAAGUACUUUCACCUCCUGGUUCGAGGAGUCGAGCACGAUGGCUGGAGGUUCGUCCUUCUGGCGAGGUUCUCCCCCCUGCCCUCGUACGUGAUCAACUACAGCCUGGCUGCCACGGAGGUGAGCUUCCUCGUGGACUUCCUCCUGCCAACUGCCAUCGGCUGCCUGCCGAUGAUCCUGCAGAACACAUCCAUCGGCAGCCUAGCAGGCGCUGCCAUGGCAUCUGCUGCUGGAUCCACAAGAUCCCAUCUCUCCUCGUACAUGUUCCCCGCGCUGGGCAUCAUCUCCAGCAUCCUCAUCUCCCUGAGGAUCAAGAGAUAUUCCAGCCUAAUCUCAGCAUCGGCAGAGCCAGAACCGAGCCCCUCCCCAGCUUCCGAGAACCGCAAUGGUUGCCACAAUGCUGGCGAUUGUUCUGAGAAAAUAGACUAA